AUGGAUCCUUCAGAAUUAUGGCAGUGUUUUGCCCGGACUUUAGACCAUGAUCACAACGUUCGUUCUCAAGCGGAAGCUCAACUGAAACUUGCGGGAAAAGCUCCAGGAUUUCUGGGAGCAUGUCUGGACAUCAUAUCCGCGGCUGAUAUACCAGAAAAUAUCAAAUUAUCGGCAUCCUUGUACUUCAAGAACAAGAUUUUGUACGGAUGGAGUGACAGACAGAGCAGCAGAAACGAGCUCCUGGACGUUGUGGUGGACAACGACGAAAAGCCAGUAGUCAAAGAUAUGUUUGUGAAAGCGUUGCUGCAAUCGUCAAUCUACUCUCCCAAUUGCAUUAGAUUACUACAACCAGCUCUUAGAACGAUCGUCUCGGAGGAUUAUCCGAAGAAGCAGUGGAAUUCGCUUCUGGAAAGUUCGUUCGAGCUGUUGGGGUCCAAUGACGUGAAUUCGGCUCAUGUUGGACUGCUGUGCCUGAGUGAGGUGUUCAGAACCUUCAGGUGGAAAGAAAAUGACUCUAGACAAGACUUGGAACACAUGAUCAUGCAGCACUUUCCUCCGCUGCUUGAAUUUACAUCUACCACGCUUUUGGAUGGCGGCAAAAACAUCGAUAACCCAAAAAUUGGAGACAUGGUGAAGCUGGUUUUGAAAAUUUACAAGUUUGUAACAUACCACGACUUGCCCUUCACCCUACAACGGCCCGAAAGCUUUAUUCCGUGGGCUAAUUUGCAUGUUGCAAUCAUUCAGCAACCAUUGUCAACUCAAACCAUUGCGUCUCUCGAACCUAACAGUCGAAAGGUUCAACCCUGGGUAAAGGCCAAGAAGUGGGCCUACGCCAAUAUGUCAAGACUUUUUCAAAGGUACGCAUCGACUUCAUUGUCGCGGAAGUUUGCGUAUGAUGACUUUAAGAUGCUGUUUUUACAAGAGUUUUUACCACAGCUACUGCAGCUAUAUUUUCAGCAAAUUGAGCAAUGGAGUAGCGGAUCUGUGUGGCUGAGCGACGAGGCCAUUCAUCAUAUCUUAGGCUUUUUUGAGCAAGCUGUUGUUCAAAAAGCUACAUGGCCUUUGAUCAAACCUUACUACUCUAUAAUUUUGGAGCAUGUAAUUUUCCCAUUGCUCUGCCCAACAGAGGAUACGCUAGAGACAUUUGACUCUGACCCUCAAGAAUAUAUUCACAGAAAUCUCGAAACUUGGGAUGAUGACUAUUCUCCUGACUUUGCAGCCCUAUCGUUGCUUUCUACCUGCGUGGCUAAACGCGGUAAAUCCACAUUGCAACCAACUGUGUAUUUUGUGACCGAAAAACUGAACAAUGGCAUAACGAAUCCUGCCAAAAUAUUUGAAUGCGAGUCUUCUUUGAGAAUUCUUUCGAAUAUUUUGGAUCGCUUAUGCCACAAAAGCUCUCCAUUUGUGAACGACGUGGAAAACUUACUUGGAUCACUUGUUUUUCCUUUCUUCCAGUCUUCCCAUCAGUUUUUGAAAGCUCGUGUAUGCGAAAUAUGUUCUAAGCUGGGAGAUCAGCAGUUUAAAAGUGAAAAGACUCUUCAGACCAUUUACAAUGGUAUAAUUACAUGUUUCAUGGAGGACAACGACUGCUUACCAGUAGAGCUACUUGCGGCUCUCGCGGUUCAGGCGUUUAUCCACGUUCCUGAAUUUCAGGGUCCAAUAUCCUCGAGUGUUGUGCCAAUGACACAGAAACUACUCCGCAUUUCUAAUGAAAUUGAGUCUGAUGCUGUGUCUGGUGUCUUACAGGAGUUUGUAGAGUGUUUUUCUGAGCAGCUACAACCCUUUGGUAUUGAACUCAUGAACGAUUUGGUCCAGCAGUUUUUGAAGUUGGCCAUAGAGCUCAACGACUCGUCAAAUUUUGACAUCAAUGACAUCAACGACUAUAACAAUGUACCUGAUGAUACGGAUAAGCAGAUGGCCGCUCUUGGUAUACUGUCGACAUCAAUUUCGAUCUUACUCUCAUUCGAAAACUCUCACGAAAUUGUGAAGAAUCUUGAACAAUCAUUUUACCCCGCAGCAGAGUUUAUACUGAAGAAUGGUAUGGAGGAUUUUUAUCGCGAAGUAUGCGAGUUUUUGGAAAACUCCACUUUUCUGCUCAGAGAUGUUACACCUUUUUCGUGGAAGAUACUAGAGCUGAUUGGCGAGUGUAACAGAAAGGAGGAAAGCAUGGUAGCAUUUUACUUGGAAGACUUCAUGCUUGCUUUUAACAACUAUUUGGUUUAUGGACAAGAAGAACUGCGUAAGAAUUCUUUCUAUUCGAAUAUCUUAUUCGAAGUUUAUUGCAAAGCUGUCGCCAACGAAGACAACACGCUCGAUGAUAUGGUACAUAUAUUCGAAUUAUCGCAGAAAAUAGUGCUUGCUCUCGGUUCAAGUACGAAUAAUGUACUUUAUGAGAAGCUGCUGGGGGACGCAUUAACAUCCAUCAAAAAUGAGGCAAACGAUCUAAAGAAGAACAUAACGUUUGCAGUCACUUCUUUCAACGUGGUGAUUGCCUGCUUCGCUUGCGAUCCUUGGGUCACAUUACAGUAUAUGAUCUCCCAGAGCGCUCUGGAGUCGUUCAUUAGCUUGUGGUUUGAAUAUCUCAUUCCCAACUACAAGCGGGUAUACGAUAUCAAGUUAUCUAUCAUGGCUCUUUUGAGCAUUGUUAGCGAUGUGGCCGCUGCCGACAUCCAGGCCAUAUCUUUUGAAGUCGUAGUGACCAAGUCAAGCUCUUUGAUUAUCAGUCUGUUGACCGUUUUUCCCCAGGCCCUGAAGACGCUUGAAGAGAAGCGCAAAACAUACUCUGCAGAAGAGUUUGGCCGCAACUCUGCAGAGGACGCCGAUUGGCAAGAUUUCCAAGACUACGGCGAUGGAGGCGACGACGAAGAUGAAGAAGAUGAUUUCGAGGGCAAUGAGGAGCAAUACCUCGAACUCUUAAAUAAGCGAGCUCAGGGCCUUGAGUUUGUCGACGGAAACACUGAUAUUUUUGAUAGCGGCGACAGUUUCGAGGACCUUGAAGAAGAUCCUCUCUCUGGCUCUGUUAUUGACAAUGUUAACGUUUAUCAAGUCCUUAACUCAGUUCUGACAUCUCUGCAGAGCGACGAAGCCAAGUACCGAAUGUUUACGGCCGAAUGGUCGCCAGAAGAUCAAAAAACCUACUCGGGUCUAAUGAAUCUUUAA